AUGGGCUGCGAGACAAAUUCCGAAAGACUAAUGUUACGCCUCGCAGCGACCACUUUGCGCAGUGGGCUGCACCACGUCAAGACUGCUUGGCUUUUCACGAGAUCCGACUUCAAGACAAUAAUCCUCCCAGUGAUGAUAUUCACAAACGUUGUAUCUCCUCGUCAUAAUCCGCUAGCCCUAUCUUACUCUCUGUGCUGGCUCUGGUCACAUCUCUUCCAAGGCAACGUCUCUAACCAAUCAUACUCUGCGCCUGAAGAUCUCCUCAAUAAACCAUGGCGCCCUGUGCCAUCUGGGCGCAUUAGCGUCAAGGAUUCUCGUACCUUGCGCUGGGGACUGAUGGUUUUCUGCUUGGGGUUUUCAUCCCUUUUUGGCUUGAAUGUGGUCAUAACUAGUGCGGUUUUCACUGUGCUUGUGGUCAUACACGACGAUUUCGGUCUCAGCGGCCAUCCUAUUGGCAAGAAUUUGUUAAACGUAGGAGCUUAUGUGUCUUUUGAACUCGGUUCUACGUUGAUUCUGUCAGAGGAACCUUCGCUCGACAGCACGAGCAGAACAGCACUUUGGUGCAGCGCACUUGUCAUACUCACGACAAUUCAUGUGCAGGAUUUCGCGGAUGUCAAUGGUGACCGGAUGUUAGGAAGGCGAACUCUGCCAAUUGUAGCGCCCGAAGGAUCUCGCAUUUAUAUCCUCUGUGUUCUUCCGUCCAUUUCUUUUGCACUUGCCUCCUUCUGGAGUCUUGGGCCUCUCUGCAGCGCUCUCUUCACUUUUAUGGGCUUUGCGGUCGGACUUCGCUGCUUUCUCGUCCGUGACGAGAAUGGCGACCACAUAAACUACUGGCUGUAUAAUAUAUGGCUCAUUGGCGCCCAUCUCUUGCCAGCUAAUGCGCGUUUUCGUGUGUUUGCGUGGUAG